UCUCUCUAACCCUGGCGACGGCGGCGACGACAAAGCGAUCUAGGUCUCUUCAAUGGUUUCGAAAGGGUGGGAUCCCGGGAUCGGAGAUAUGGGGUUCAGGGGAGGGGAGGCUAAUCUCGCUGUGGACAUAGAGAUGAUUAAGGGAUACAAUGGGACUUGGGGAAAGGAAAUCGGAAGACUUUAUGGCAAGGUUGUUGUGGCGAAGGCGGGAUUGUUUUGGCCACUUUCAAAUAUGGGGAAAUCGACACAGAAUAAAGGAUAUCUUUCUGCUAAAGAAUGUGCUCUGGCCCCUAGAGCUUUUUUGGUUUGGUAUCUUAUGGGUUUCUGGUGGAAAAUGGAUGAAGGUUUUGUGGCAGGAUGGAGGUGUGUAUAAGGCUAUUGACAGCAAGUUGAUGCUUAUAAAGUACACUCAGGAUCGGUGUUGCCGACGAAACUGGAAGGCAAGAGUAUGGGGAGUGAUAAUAUAUGAUUAUCGUUUUCAUAAGGCGUGUGUUUGCUGUUUUUAUUGGGGCUCCAAUGAUAAAUAUGAGAAUCAUAUAUUGUGGGAGUUUGGAGAUUGUGCAGGGAGUCAAUGUGUUAAAAAUCUUGGACCAAUUUUUUGUUUUUUACGACAGCUUGUGCUAAUAUUUAUUGGGGUU